AGGGGACGUUCCGCUGUUUUUCUUUUUGAUUUCGCUUGUGAAGAACGAGUCUUUUUCGGUUCGCGGUGCGCGGAGAACUGUACAAAGUCGUGAUGGGCCGCUAUACUAUAGAUUUGUAACUGCUCUUCAACGACAAAAUGCUUUUUAAACUGGUUAUUUGGUUAAUACUCGUAGUUUGUGUGGUCGAACGGAAUCCGGCUGAAGCCAAUGAAUACUACACUUGCGAUUCACUUUCUGAAAAAUGUGUAUUAUUUCAUGCCUGCAUUCAUGCAAAGCAUAAAGGGUAUUUCAAAAUUUGUGCUAUUAACUCCAUUUGUUGUCGGGUUCCAAAAAAACCGAAAGCAGACACUCGGUCCUCAAGAGCAUGUCUAAGCUACGCGAGUAACACGACUUUUUGUCCGAGGCAUUUGUUUAUAUCGCAUUCGCAAGAAUCAUAUCGGAAUGAAUUACAAUACAUGGCGCAUAUAGGUCUGACGAACCCAAGAGCCUGGAUUUGCGGCGGCACCCUGAUACAUAGUAAAUUUGUUCUUACCGCGGCCCACUGUGUCAUUCUAGAGCGGGCUGUUGGUACGGAAGAGCCAGGUUUUUUGGUGCGCCUAGGAGGUCACAAUAGCACUGACGGCGCAAUAUAUGAAGUAGCUGAAAAAAUCCCGCACCCCGACUAUAAAGAAGAAGACGGGACAAAAAACGAUAUAGCUUUACUGAAAUUGACCAAAACAGUCGUCUUUAAUGACCAAGUUAAGCCAGCCUGCUUACCAACAACUAGUGGACAAGAGCAUGCGAAGAUGACAGUCUCUGGAUGGGGAUUAUAUAGCAGCUACGAACCCAAUAAACCAGCCCCUCAGUUGCGCAAGGCUGACGUAACACAGUUUAAAUAUGCCGAAUGCAAUGAAGAAAAUGAAGUGCUACAGGAAAUGAAGAUUUGCGCUGGUGGAGAGAACGAUGCAAGCGAUUCAUGCCAGGGAGAUUCGGGAGGACCACUGGCCAUAUGGCAUCCGGAAUGGGGCUCGUGCCUGGGGCAGGUAUUCGGCAUUGUUUCUGAAGGAUCGUUUUGUGAUACAAAAUCUCCACGGACGAUUUACACUAGAGUUUUUUAUUAUCUUCAAUGGAUUGAAGACAUAGUAUGGAAGACCAGAGAAGAAACCUUGUCAGCGGCAGAGUGGAAAUAAAAAGAAAUACACAGAA